CUGGCAGGGAGGCGCGGAACGUAAACACACAGAGGCUUGACCUGUUGUGCUGUGCUGCGUGUGUCACUCUGCUCCCCGGGGAUGACCAGAACGCGUGCCUAUCACUCAGUGUGCACAUGAAUAUUGUGCACGAAGGGCUCCGUGGCAGUGCUGGGAGGUGGUAAGGUCACGAAGGGAGUCCUGGUAGCGAGUGUUGAGUGCCGAGUGAGAGUAAGAGGCGGUAGUGUUGGUGGUGGUUUCUCCGGGUGUUGCGGUGACUCUCCCCAAGACUCAGUAGGAACUCAGCACAGCGAGGAAUGGUGGUUGACAGGCCGGCCUCUGCACGUCAUCCCUGCUUGGGCCUCUAAUAUCUGCCUCCUACUGAAUAGAAUGAGCUGUGUGUGAGCAGUUUUUGGGGUAAUUUAUAAGGAAUGCAAAACUCCAGCCCGGAAUGGCCAGCACCAGCCAUGGGGUCUAGUGUAGUUGUGUGGCCGCCUUGGCCCAGCAAGUGGCUAGAGGAGGAUCACCUGGAGGCCCUGGUGCUGCUGGCUUCUGAGUACCAGCCAUGGGUGUGCUCUGUGGUGGCUGCCCUCGCUGUGGGCCUGGCUGGGGUGGUGCCCCUUCUCUUCCUGCCCACAGAUCACCAGGCCAAGACCAGCAGUGGUGGACUGAGCGUGUUGCCUCUGCUGCUGAGUUUUGCAGUGGGUGGUCUGCUGGGGGAUGUGUUUCUGCAUCUCCUGCCAGAAGCCUGGAGCAUGGCCCUGGAAGGGGGUGCCGGCACCCAUGAGGCCUUCACCCAGGUGGGUCUGUGUGUGCUGGCAGGCAUCUUUGUCUUCAUUGUGGUGGAGAUGCUGGCAAGUCAUGACUCCUCCUCCACGGCACUGCACAACAACAACAACACUAAGGGAGGGUCAGGAGAUGGCCGGAAGGAGGUGACGGGUUACCUCAAUCUUGUCGCCAAUGGGAUUGACAACUUCACCCAUGGCCUGGCAGUGGCCGGCUCCUUCAUGGUGUCCUACAAGACCGGCCUGCUCACCACGGCCGCCAUCCUCAUCCAUGAGGUGCCACAUGAGAUUGGUGACUUUGCUAUCCUUCUGAAAUCAGGGUUCAGCAGGUGGGAGGCAACCAAGGCCCAGUUCUAUACAGCAACAGUAGGACUCGUGGGGGCUCUGGUCACCCUCUUCCUUGGCACCACGGAGAUUCUGGGUGGAGUUCAGGUGUACAUCUUGGGCUUCACAGCUGGGGGCUUCCUCAACAUUGCUCUGGUCACAGUGCUGCCAGACCUGCUGCAGGAGGACCGGCCAGCUCAGUCAUGUGCUCAGUUGCUCUGCCUUCUCUUUGGCACCCUCACAAUGGCAACAGUGGCACUCACCUGUUAGCCACAGCCCGGCACUCGCACUGUUGGGAGUUGUGUGUCCAACUCUUUGUUUUUGGUCAUCCACCUCACAGUAAACACCUUCCAUCCUAACAGCCUUCACCUCCCCUCCCCCUGCCCCCCACCAAGGCUCACACCCUCCCAGGAGAGGCUCAGCAGUCAUAGGUGUGUUUUGUAUGGUGUUAUACCAGAUAUUUAGGUUCCAGAUCCUCAAAGUGUUCAUAGAAUUUUUCCCAUGAUGCAUUUACAAUUUUUUUGUUUUGUACUUUUUAUGAAAGCUAUCUUUUGUAUGUAAAUGUGAUUGUAUAUACAGUUAUCUAAUUACUGUUUUAUAGAGAGCAGAGGCACAUCUAUGUAGUAUUAAGGUGCCACUUGUUAUGACAAAACUACUUAUGAAUCUACUUAUAUAUUUAUCUACUUACAGGCCACACUACAUGUUUGUGUGUGUGUGCAUUUUCAAUUGCACACACACACACACACACACACACACACACACACACACACACACACACACACACACACACACACACACACACACACACACACACACACACACACACACACACACACACACACGGCUGAUGUGUCUUUACAUUUCCACAAUAUUAUGUCAGUAUAUUUAUUAUUUUCUCACAUACUUUUUAUUGUUAUUAUAAUAUUAAAUAUGUUACAAAGUUCUCUUGAAUUGCCUGCUUCAUCUUCAUAUUUUCUUUGUUGUUGUGCUUUUCUUGUAUGCCAAGCUGCAUGUGUGGGAAAGUUGUCUGUUGUUAUUAUAUUUGUUUAGUGAAUUAAUUUAGUAUUUAUAAAUUUCCUCAUUAUAAGCUUCUACCUCUUCAAAAUACACAUUGGUACCUCAGCAUUCAAAUGAACAGUCAUAAAACUUCUGCCGCACCUGCAUUUCAACAGCUGUAGGUGUAGUGCAUAUUUGUGUUUUCCUUGUCCUGUGUUAUGUGGUCUUUUCUUAGUCUUUCAGGGUUUCACUCACCCAGCCUUUUCUGUCUGCCACCACCAGUCACAAGAAAGUUAGGAGAUUUUCACGCAUAGGAAGGAUGAAAAAAAAAAAAAAAACACAAAGAAAUAUUUUCAGAGCCUCUUUUAAAUGUCCUGGAAUGAAUUGAUAUCAGGGAGAUGGAUUAGUGUUUAGAUAAGAAAUUUGCAUAUAUCUAAACCCAAGUUUUAUAAGGAAUGUUUAAUUGUUGUUUGUAAUUUGCUCUUUGCCCUUUGUUAAUUUUAAUUAAGUAGUAAUUUGGACAUCAAAAAUUCUGAGUUUAUGUUUAGAUCACAUAUGCACAAAUUUUCUUUAUUUCUUUCUAGCAAGUGGUUUAUUGGUUCUUCAUUGGCCAUUGAGUGCUUCCAUGAUGUGAAUGCUAUGUUUGUAACUCAUGAAACAGCCAGCCAGUGAUGACAGAAACAGUGAUAACAGAUUUUCCUUUUUGUUGUACCAAGUGCAAUUAUGUGACAUUAUGCUUUAAUUAUUAUUUUUUUUUUUUCUCCAAAAAAGCUUCAGUUUGUGCUGGCUUUCUUGCUUUUCUCUAUCCUUUCUUUUGAUUUAAAGCUUUAUUUUUUUGGUUCUAGAUGUUUUUUUUUGCUGCUGAAAUUUAUAACCUCUACUAAUGUCCCUGAAAAUUAUUCCUGACUUCUUGCCUAAUUUUUCUCUCUUGACUGCAGUGUCAUGCAGUCUUAGGGAUAUUUGUCCCUUGCACAAAGCCCUAAUGUUAUUACUGCACACUAACACUUGCCAACACUUACACUGAGUAAUGCUUGUGUACAUGUCGAUGAAUGAGUGAUAAUAUAGCUGUGAUAUAGUCCAGGCAGUAGGUAAUGUUUCGGUGCAAGAGUGUAGUGUUUGGGGUGGGAUGGAUCCAAGAACUUGCGGACCUCCCAUCACUUUGAGGAAGGCCACUGGAGCCUAACAGUGUCUUAAGUUAGUUGCUUAGGGUUGACUCCAAGGGUGCAUAUUAGCAGUAAGAUUAAGCUAGAUAUAAUUGUAGAUUUUCCAAAAGUGAAUGACUGCAAUUGUUGCAACUUGAACAACUAGUUCCAUUAAUGGUUUUUUACCAUGAAUGCAGCAUUUAUGCAACAUUUAAGAGCCUCAUAAUGCUCAGUAUUGGAUUAGUAUAUGUAAUGAUUAUCCUCAUUAUUCAUCCUGCUGGCCUUCAUGCACUUCAGCCUUUGAGUCUUCAACAACUGUUGUAUAAAGAAAGGUUGUUCAGUACCUUUGUGGCUCAUUCCUUUCUUUAGCUCUUCAACUUAGAGUGAGACAAAAUUGUGAAUUUCUAAUACUAAAGAUGAAAUUUUUAACAAAAAACCAUGGCAGUAUUGUGAAGAGAGAAUGCAGUUUAAAUAGAAUGACAGGCUGGAGUGAGGUGGUGUGGUGGUGACUGGAGGUGAUAUGUUGUUAGGGUUGUGUGGUGAGCCAGUGGGGGUGUACCAGUGUAGCUGUUCAAAUAAUAUUUAUAAUUUUGACAUCUACCUACUUAAUAGAUAAGUUAAUAAUUUUCUUAAAUGGGCAGGAGUAAUGUCAGCACAGCCAUCUGCUGUGAGAUUCUGCAUUCAGAGCACCUGGCUAAGGAGGAGUACUGGUGUUCCUUGUAUCAGCACAAACACCUCUGCUGUAGGUCUGAUUGUCUCUGCAGCUCUCUAUUUCUGCCAGCAAGGAGCACUGAGAUAGCCAGUAGGAUGUGUUGGUGUGUCUGGUGCAGGGCAAUGCAGGCCCUCAGGGUCCCGUGUGUGUUACAUGUGGUGGUUCAGCUGAGGACAAGAAUCUGCAUGCUUAGGAGGGCAUCGUUCUCCCUCUGGCGGUGUCCUGUGUGCUGAGGUGUGUGUGUGUGUGUGUGUGUGUGUGUGUGUGUGUGUGUGUGUGAGAGAAUGAGUGAAUGGAAGGAAUUGUCAUAACACAUCAAAGCAUACAAUAAUCUCUCUUAUCUCACCUUGUGGAGAUGAUUUUAUAUGGUUUUUCUUAUAGUAGAAUACUAUUUUUAUUAGUUAUAUUUUCGUAGUUGUCUUGCAUUAUAUUAUUCAUACCUAGCAUGGUGUGAGGGCUGAAGGUGUGUGGAAAGAUGUGAGACUUGCUGUCACUAAUGGAUGGAGUAUUGACUGUGUUGUAGGCAAUUUUCAACUUGCUCAAAAUUCAACUUUUUAGGUCAAGUUCAUCAGAAUAUAUAUAUAUAUAUAUAUAUAUAUAUAUAUAUAUAUAUAUAUAUAUAUAUAUAUAUAUAUAUAUAUAUAUAUAUAUAUAUAUAUAUAUAUAUAUAUAUAAUGUACCUAUUUGUAAAUUUUAAAAGGAAUUUGUUAAAUGUUAAACUGCAUGUACAGUACUCAAGGUAGUGAGCAUCAGUCAUUGAUAAGGAAAAUAGGCAAUUUUAUUGAAGCAUAAUAUAUAUAUAUAUAUAUAUAUAUAUAUAUAUAUAUAUAUAUAUAUAUAUAUAUAUAUAUAUAUAUAUAUAUAUAUAUAUAUAUAUAUAUAUAUAUCCUUCCUUUGGGAGUCAAGCUAUGCACUGAGAAUUUACAGUUGCCACAAUACUCAUUGGAACAUUAAGAAAAUGUAUGAGACAAUAAUAAAUAACAAAAGUUUAAUAGUAUUAGGUUGUGGAGUGUCCCACCAGGUCACACUCCAUAGGUCUUCCAAAUACAAACAGUCACUCAGUGAGUUGACCUGUCAGUCAGUAGUCAUAAGUGACGGAAGUAAGAGUGUGAUGAUGAGUUUUGUCUCAGCAUAUGUAAAGUGUAGAGAGUUUCUUAUCACACAAAUCAAGUGGUUUUACAGGUAAGCCAUAUGCAUUUGUCGCAGGCUUUACACAGAUCACGUGAUUGUGAGAUGAAACUUUGGUCAAGUGAAAAGUUUUUGAAUUCAAAAUAUAAUGGUAUAUGAAUUUUUUGUAUUUGUUUUCCUCUAAGUUAAAAUAAAUGUAUCCAUCUA